AGGCGUGCGCCAGAAGGAGCAGGGGACGGAGCAGGGAGGCCACCGCUCCAAGGCCCGGACGCGGCCCUCUUGGCCCCAGGGAAGACCAUGCACUGCGGCUGUGGGGCCCAGGGCGUCCCUGUCCCUGCCGUCACAGGCAGCCCCUGGGUCUCAGGCUGGGCCUUCCCGGACUGGGCCUACAAAGCCGAGUCGUCCCCGGGCUCCCGGCAGAUCCAGCUCUGGCACUUCAUCCUGGAGCUGCUGCAGAAGGAGGAGUUCCGCCAUGUCAUCGCCUGGCAGCAGGGGGAGUACGGCGAGUUUGUCAUCAAGGACCCGGACGAGGUGGCCCGCCUCUGGGGCCGCAGGAAGUGCAAGCCACAGAUGAAUUACGACAAGCUGAGCCGGGCCCUCAGGUGA